AUGAACCGUUGGAUAAAUCCUCCUAUAAAUACACAUUAUUAUUUAUUAUUAUAAAUAAGAAAAAAAGAGAGAUAAAAAAGGAAAACCCUCUCUCAAAUCUUGGCUCUCCAGUCGCCUCUCUUUCUUCUUCUUCUGCUUCUUCUUCUUCAUUCUGUUGGCUGCUGCUGCUGCUGCUGCUGCUGCUGCUGCUUUGGUGGCGUGAUUUAGAAGCCACAACUCAAUUUCAUAUAAAGAAAAAAAAAGAGUGAGAUGGAUCCAGACGCAGUAGCCAAGGCCUUCGUCGAGCACUACUACUCCACAUUCGAUGCCAACCGGGCCGGUUUAGCCAAUCUCUACCAGGAAGGUUCCAUGUUGACCUUCGAAGGUCAAAAGAUCCAGGGCUCUCAGAGCAUCGUGGCUAAGCUCACCAGCCUUCCUUUCCAGCAGUGCAAGCACAACAUCACCACCGUCGAUUGCCAGCCUUCCGGCUCCGGCGGCAUGCUCGUAUUCGUCAGCGGUAACCUCCAACUCGCUGGCGAGCAGCAUGCUCUCAAGUUUAGCCAGAGGUCCUCUCAGUGCUCACUCUGAACAAUUAUCUGCCAUCUCCCUUGAUGUUGUUUCUUGCGACUCUACUGGAUAUAAAAGAAAAUCCACUACCACACUCCCCCUCCUCACCUGGAGACAUUGAUGAUUUCCUUAUGGUUUAUGUCUUUCAUUCACGUGGAGCAAACUUAUAUAUGUGUUUCAUCUAUGUUGAUAGUUAAACAAUGUUUAUCCCAGAUUACAUUUUUUUUGAAGUACACAUUUGUAUUCAACAUAUUUUUGGGUAUAGAUAUGGGGAUAUGAGCCUCCAAGAUCCUCUAAAUUUUAUAA